AGGUAAACGCUGCACAAUGGUAUCACUCUUACAACGUUGAACAUAUAAAGGUAAUUAAUAGGAUUAGCCUUUUGUUUGAUUACUUUAUCAAAAAGCUAAUAAUGUGAACUUGCUUAUGUUCCCGUUGUCCACCUCAGAGUCAGACAGCUGCUGUAACAAUCAGUAUCCUUAGAAACGCUUUGAACAACUCAAUGUCAUAACAUCGUUAUUUUUAAUAUCAACAGAAAAAUAAACCUGACUUUGCAUCGCUCUGAAGUACAUAAAGCAGCUGUUUCUUUAUGUGUCUCACUUCGAUCUGCUCCUACAACAGAAAUAUGAAUCUGUCCAUUGGCUCACACUGUUGACCCGUCUCUGUUUGUAAAGCUGUUGCGUAAAGCUCUGAUAUGAUAACCUCAGGGGCGAUUAUGAGUGGAAACUACAGUGUAUUAUCACGGAUCCCAGGCAACAGACUCUGUCAUGUGACUCUCUGCAGUCAUACAGGAAGUGCUGAGAGAGGAGCAGCGCUUCUACAUCACAUUCAUAUAGAUCUGUCAUCAGGUGUGUGUUGAUCACCAUGGCAUCGCUGCUCUGCACCCUACAGGACCAUCGUGAUGACGUGAACUGCUGCGCGCUCUCUGACCGUUUUCUGGCCUCGUGCUCAGGAGACAAAACCGUCCGCGUGUACUCUUGUGAGGACUUCAGCGAGCUGCGCUUCUCUCCCCUGCGCGCGCACGCUUACGGCGUUCACUGCUGCUGCUUCAGCAGCUGCGGCCGUUAUCUGGCGUCCUGCUCCACGGACGCGCGCACUAUAAUAUGGAGCACGUCUACAGGCGCAGCGGUGGCCACACUGGAGCAUCCAGCGCGCGCUCCGGUUCGAGUUUGCGCAUUCUCUCCAGACGCGCGCUGCCUGCUGUCCGGCGCGUCUGACGGGACUGUGGCGAUCUGGGAUGUGACGUCAAAGACGCUACAAAGAUGUGCCAAAGUCAGUGAGGGCACCGUCCUGGCCUGCUGUUUCUCCCCGUGCGGACAGAUGUUCGUCACGGGCUCCACUCUGGGAGAACUGCACCUCUGGACGCGCUCUGUGGGGCCGCUGCACACGCAGAGAGAAGCGCAUGAUCUGGGAGUCAACUGCUGCCACUUCUCCCCUCAGAUGAGCCUCGAUGGCCAGACAAUCAAGUUUCGAUUGGCCUCUGGUGGGCAGGAUAACCAACUGAGGAUAUGGAUUAUUUCCCAGCAUGCAACAACAGGUUAUGAGAUGUCGCUGCUGUAUACUCUCUCUGCUCAAUCUGCUCCGGUCCUCUCCUGUGCGUUCUCAUUUGACGGACAGCUGCUCGUCUCAGGGUCUGUUGAUAAAACAGUGACGGUAUAUGACGCGAAUCAUGGAGAACUUGUACACACUCUGACGCAGCAUGACAGAUAUGUGACUGCAUGCGCGUUCUCCCCCUGUGAGUUGAUGUUUGCAUCUGGCUCUAUGGAUAAGACGGUGAAUAUCUGGAGGAUUGGAGAUGGAAAUGCUCAAGCAUCUGAACCAUUGAAAACGUCAGUCCAAGGAAGUAAGCCGCUGGGUUACUCCAGAAUGCUGGUCAGCGAUUGGUCAGAGGAGGAUGUGUGCGAGUGGCUCCGUGACGAAGGAUUUGAGGCUCUGAUGGACGCGUUUAGGGCCCACAACAUUGACGGGGCCGAACUAAUGACCUUAAACACGGAGACACUGACCACUGCAUUUAACAUUGAGUCGGUGGGUCUCCGGGGUCGAGUCUUAAGGAAGAUCAAGGAUCUGAGAUCUUCACUGCUGGACUCCGACAGUCCAGACGAGUUCCUCUGUCCGAUCACCAGAGAGCUCAUGAAGGACCCCGUCAUCGCUGCGGAUGGAUAUUCCUAUGAAAGGGAUGCGAUCGAGAGCUGGAUCAACACUCCCAAUCGCUCAAGCCCGAUGACCAACCUGCCUUUACAAACCACUAUACUGACCGCCAACAGAAGCUUGAAGAUGGCCAUACAGCGCUGGAAGUCCAGCCAGUGACCUCAGUGUAGCCGGUUUUCUUUAAUAGAUAGAAAAGGUUUUGUCUUUAUUCUGAUUAGAUUUUUCGAUGAGACCAGUUUGUUCAUGUGAUGUACAGCCUAUUUACACGGUUUUGAUCAUAAUAAAUACAUAUAUAUAU